GCUCUGAGCACACCCAGUCACCCGAAUUCUUGGAGGCCCCCUCAUGGGGGACCCACAGAACUAGAGCACCCCAUCCCUGCUCAUAGCCUGCCUCGCCCCCCUCUCAUUCUCAACGGGUACAGCCCAGAGAGCAUCAGCUGUUCUGGGCGGCCAGACGCCUGAGCCGCCUCAGCCCAAAAGGACAAGGGUACACAACUCCCUCCGAGCAAGGCGAAGUGGAACCUUUCCUCCCAGCCGGGUAGGCAGUGGCUCUGUGCCUACGGGCACAGACCGGGGCUUCUAGGGCACUCGCGGAGCCAUUCCCCCAGCUGCUGGCACCAGAGCCUCCUCUCCCGCCAAUCGGGACGCUGACGCCCUUGGCUUGCUGAGCCUAAGUGGAGUUGGCCUCCCUGCCCACCUGUGGAAGAAGCUCGCACCAACAGAUGCGCCAGCAACUCCCCCCACCCCCUUGGCCUUCUAGCCGUCCCCUCCCACUAAUGCAGCAUCACCCUGUGAAUUACAUUAGGGUGGUUUUCCCCCCAGCCUCGGGCUUUGUUUGGGUUUGAUUGUGUUUGGCUCUUUGCUAAGCUGAUUUAUGCAGCAGAGCCCCAUCCGCUGGAGAGAAACAAAAGGUCUUUUCUUUGUCCGGAGCCGACUGUGGAGUCCUUACUCGCUUCGCCGCCGCGGGCCAUCGGCUGUCCGAGGAGACGCUUUUGGUUGAGACCCGCGGGGCCCGCUGUGCGGAGAUGGGAGGGCCGCAGGGGCCCUGAGGUGCAGAGAGCUGCUCAGGCCCGCGGAUCUGUACCGCCUACUCAGAGCCCCUGGGUGGGUCAGACCGGCCUUCGGAAAAGGUUCUAGGGAUUCUGGGCCCGCGGGCCCUAAGGUGCGCCCCCAAGUCGCGAGCGCGCGUCAGGAAGCGGCCAGGCAGCCGGCGCGGGGCGGGCUGCUUUGCAUUAUGUGCGGCUCGGCCCUUGCUUUUCUGACUGCUGCUCUGCUCUGCCUGCACAACUGCCAGCGAGGUCCUGUCUUGGUUCUCCGGGCGGCCUGGCUGUUUUCACUUGUUAUUGGACUGGACCAAAGCGAACACAAUAGAUGUGGCUCUUCCAACGUGGUCUCCUGUGCCAAGUGCCUCCAACUGGGUCCAGAAUGCGGAUGGUGUCUUCAAGAGGACUUUGUUUCAGGUGGAUCAAGAAGUGAACGGUGUGAUACUGUUUCCAACUUGAUAAGCAAAGGCUGUCCAAUUGAUUUGGUAGAAUCCCUGGCUGUGCGUGUGGCUACACCAAGUGAGAAGGAAAUCAAUACCCAAGUGACACCAGGAGAAGUCUCAAUCCAGCUGCACCCAGGAGCUGAAGCUAAUUUCAUGCUAAAAAUUCGUCCUCUGAAGAAAUAUCCAGUGGAUCUUUAUUAUCUGGUUGAUGUGUCAGCAUCAAUGCACAAUAAUAUAGAAAAAUUGAAUUCCGUUGGAAAUGAUUUAUCUAGAAAGAUGGCUUUUUUCUCCCGUGACUUCCGUCUUGGUUUUGGCUCCUAUGUGGAUAAAACUGUCUCACCUUACAUUAGCAUCCACCCAGAGAGGAUCCACAAUCAGUGCAGUGACUACAAUUUAGAUUGUAUGCCUCCCCAUGGAUACAUCCAUGUGCUGUCCCUGACAGAAAACAUCACUGAAUUUGAAAAAGCAGUCCAUAGACAAAAGAUCUCUGGAAACAUAGAUACUCCAGAAGGAGGUUUUGAUGCCAUGCUUCAAGCUGCUGUCUGUGAGAGUCAUAUUGGAUGGCGAAAAGAAGCUAAAAGAUUGCUGCUGGUGAUGACAGACCAGACAUCACAUCUUGCUCUUGAUAGCAAAUUGGCAGGCAUAGUGGUGCCAAAUGACGGAAACUGCCAUCUGAAAAACAAUGUCUACGUCAAAUCGACAACCAUGGAACAUCCAUCACUGGGCCAACUUUCUGAAAAGUUAAUAGACAACAACAUAAAUGUCAUUUUUGCAGUUCAAGGAAAGCAGUUUCAUUGGUACAAGGACCUGCUGCCCCUUUUGCCUGGUGCCAUUGCUGGAGAGAUAGAAUCCAAAGCUGCAAAUCUCAACAAUUUAGUAGUAGAAGCCUACAAGAAACUCAUUUCAGAAGUAAAAGUGCAAAUGGAAAACCACGUACAUGGUGUCUAUUUUAACAUCACUGCCAUCUGUCCAGAUGGGACCAGGAAGCCAGGUGCAAUUGGAUGUGGAAAUGUGACAAGCAAUGAUGAAGUUCUUUUCAAUGUAACAGUUGUGAUGACAAUAUGUGAUGUCACGGGAGGAAAAAACUUUGCAAUUAUUAAACCUAUUGGCUUCAAUGAAAGCACUACAGUCCACAUACACAAAAGCUGCAACUGCCAGUGUGAGGACCGCAAAGGGUGUGAAGGACGGUGUGCUGAAGCUGCCCUGGAUCCCAAGUGUCCACAGUGUGAUGACAGCAGAUGUCACUUUGAUGAAGAUCAGCUUCCCUCUGAAACUUGCAAGUUGCAGGAGGAUCAACCUGUCUGUAGUGGCCGAGGAGUCUGUGUCUGUGGGAAAUGUUUAUGUGACAAAACCAAGCUUGGAAGAGUGUAUGGCAGAUACUGUGAAAAGGACGACUUUUCCUGUCCAUAUCACCAUGGAAACGUGUGUGCUGGGCAUGGGGAGUGCGAAGGUGGCAGAUGCCAGUGCUUCAGUGGCUGGGAAGGAGAUCGGUGCCAGUGUCCAUCAGCCUUAGCACAACACUGUGUCAAUUCGAAGGGCCAAGUUUGCAGCGGAAGAGGCACCUGUGUGUGUGGCAGGUGUCAGUGCACUGACCCCAGGAGCAUUGGCCGCCUCUGCGAGCACUGCCCAACCUGCCAUCUCUCCUGUAAUGAAAACUGGAGCUGUAUGCAAUGUCUCCACUCUCACAAUCUGUCUCAGGCUCUACUUGAUCAAUGUAAAACCUCCUGUGCUGUCAUGGAACAGCAUCGCGCAGACCAAGCUUCAGAAUGUUUACCUGGCCCAAGCUACCUGCGAAUAUUUUUCAUCAUAUUCAUAGUCACAUUCUUGAUUGGGUUGCUUAAGGUCCUCAUCAUCAGACAGGUGGUUCUGCAAUGGAGUAGUAACAGGAUAAAGUCUUCCUCAGAUUACAGGCUGUCUGCUUCCACAAAGGAUAAACUGAUUCUGCAAAGUGUUUGCACAAGAGCUGUAACCUACCGACGAGAAAAGCCCGAGGAAAUAAAAAUGGAUAUCAGCAAACUUGAUGCUCAUGAGGCUUUCAGGUGCAGCUUCUAAAAAAAGAUUUAAAAAGCAGUAACAAUCAAAACAAUGCUGCUGGAAACUGGAUGAUUUUUCGCACAACUGCUCCAAAAAAGUACAAUAUAAAAUGUCGCAGGAAGAGACAAAUUAUUGAAGAGUGUGCUAUGAAGACUGGCAAGUGUCUUCACAACCAUGUGGCUCCCCCAGCUGCUGAACUUUUCAGAGAACGAUGUGUUUUACUACUGUUGGAUACUAGUGUUGUAGCACUUUACUGUAAUAUAUAACUUAUUUAGAUCAGCGUAGAAUGUAGGUCAUCUGGAAAGCACUGAUUACACUUUACAGAUUCCCGCCAUCCCUGCACUUCCCAGACUCAGUGCUGGGAAACAGCUUGGAAUGAUGUUGCUACCACAGUGCAGUGAUUCUUGCACAUAACCUGCUGAUGGAAAAGAUCCAGGAGUCACUGAAAGCAGUCACUCACAGCACUUGGCAUUGCGUAGAUGUGCACCACCAGCUGAAUAAUGGUCAGUAUUUCACUUCAGUUGGAGGUGCACAGAUAUAAAACCUUAACUCUAAGGGGUGUUGGAGGUGCACAGAUGAAAUCUUAUCCCUAAGGGGUGUUGGAGGUGCACAGAUAUAAAACCUUAACCCUAAGGGGUGUUGGAGGUGCACAGAUUAAACCUUAUCCCUAAGGGUGUUGGAAGUGCACAGAUAGAACCUUAUCCCUAAGGGGUGUUGGAGGUGCACAGAUGAAACCUUAUCCCUAAGGUGUUGCUUUUUAAACUGUGGUUUGGUGCAUGUGCAUUCCUGUUUUCUUUUCUUUUGCAAAAUGGAUGUCAACUCUAACAUUUUCUCUUUUUUACAUUUAUAUUCUGUUUUUUUUCUUUCUUCUGGAACAAGUUUAUAAUGUCAUAGAUGACUGGAUUACAUAAGUGCUAAGUUACUACUGCCAUAGAAAUCUAUACGACAAUGUCACUUUAUUAGAACUGGUUUUUAAAGCUGAAUGUUAAUAAGGAUCACUGUAAAGUGUCUUCUAAGUCCACAGCUUCUUUGUCCGAAGACACAGAAUUUUGUAUUUUCUUACCUGUCAAACUGGAUGUGCUGUUUCACUCUCUCACUGAUCUCACAGUACCUGAAAUCCACAAGGAGUCUACAGAACUGCCUCAAGUGGAUGGCCCUCUUUUCUGAUUUUCACUCCAGUUGCAUAUCAACAUUUUCCAAAUGGAAAGCUGUACUGUUUCUGCCCUCCUGUGCCAUCUAAGGGCAUUCUCUGAGUCAUCCCAACCCUACUCAUGAGAUCCACAACAGCAUGAAAUUGGAGAAGGGUGGGUGAUAUCUUGGAAAUAAGCUAAUCCCACCCCCUUUUGUUAGUCAAGAAACUGAGGCUUGGAAAAUUUAAAUGAUUUCACAAAAACACAAAGCAAUGAAGGGGCAGUGUUAGAGAUCUGCCUUGCAAUUGUGUGCCAGCAUUGCACAAUAGCACACUACCUCUCGAAUCUGCAAAACACCCUUGGUAAGAGUUAAAAUUUGAUUUAUUGGUGUCCUGCGUAUAUUUCUGUGACACUAUUUCUAAGCAAAGUAGAAAUGGAUUUGUGUAGAAGCAGCUUCUUUUUUUCUCAUUAGCCACCUUCUGAUAAGGCUUUGGUGCCCUUCCCUACACACAAUGGCUGUAAGAACAAACCUCCUGGACCUGUUCAUGGCUCAGUUUAAGCCUUCUUGUAGAGGCUUGGUACUUAAAUUCUAACUUCUAAUCAUCCUAUUUGUAAUACGUGUUUUACCUGUGACAACAGAAGAAUCUAAAGAAAUGUCUCUCCCAGAUUCGCUGCUUCCCAGCACUUGAAAGUUUUAGCUAUUUUCAUUUUGAUGAAGAUUAACUUCCGUUAGAUAUUGCACUCUAGGGCCUGGAAAGCCUUCAGCAGACAUGACAAGUCCUUUAGAAGUGUAGUGGUGAUGCUGCUAACUUGAACUGUCUCUUCUUUCUCCAGGGGGGAUGGGCAUCGUCAAAACACUGCAUACUGUGACUGUGUGUCAGGAAACUGUGGUCACUGAAAGCUGGUGUGAAAAGCAUACUGUGCUGCUCAUGACAUACAGUAUCCGUUUAUAAAUAUAUAAAUUACUGGAUGCUUUGCAGUCCCCCCCCCCCAAAAAAAUGGAAGAUAUCCACUAAUUAAAUGCUGACAACUUAAAAGUGAGCGGUGUUUAAAAGUGAACGAUAGAUUAUCCAGGAUGAAUGGGCAAAGGAGUAUAUACAUAACGGGAAUCCAUGAAAAGCAAGGAUUUGUACUCUUUUAGCCCUUCACUAGUUUGCACUAAUUUUAAAAUGGAGCAAGGUUGUUACCACAGGAAACACAAACAUUUUUACUGGGAAUUCAGUGCCAGAUGAUAAUAUGUACUUAACACAUGGGAUGUCUUGUGGUUUCUCUUUCUCUUCUUUUGUGUUAACUUAAGAGCUAAUUCUUAAAGAUUGUAGGGCUCAUAUUUCACUUGAAUAAUUGAUGUUCUUCUGUUUAAUAGUUUGUGAAAGGAGAAUUAAUAUUUUAUUAAAUAGAAUUAAUUAACAGGAAAGGGGAAAUAGUAGUCUUAGAUUAAAUAAUUUAUGUACUUAGAGACUAUUUUCUAAUGCUAAAUAACUGCAAGAGUCUUUUGAGAGUUGCUGACAGUGAUGCAAUUAAUUGAAUUUUAAAUUGUUAGAAAAAUUAGUAACUUGAAUGAUUUUUUUUUUGGCAUGGCAGCAUUUUGUGCCCUGGUGUGUAAUUAUUCAGAAAUGUUCCAUACAUCCACUCCAUAUACAAGUUGUAUCUUCUGAAAUAUUUUUACACUGCAGUAUACAUUUAUUUAUAGACAUUUGAUACAAUUUUUAAACAUUUUCUACUAUUAUUUAUUAAGCCAUAUAAUGCUCUAAAAGACGUAAAAAUUCACUAAAAAUCUAGUUAUGUCCCCAAUGUUCAAUUUAUUUUAGUUUAUAAAAAGAACUAAAAAUAUAUGUCUCUAUAGGCAAACCUUUCAAAACUUAAAAAAUUAAAAUUGUUUAUACAUUAAAUGCAAAACUUUACCAAAGAAUAAAUUUCAAGUAUUUUAAUAUUUACUUACUCUAUUGAAUAUGUUCUUAUAUAUAUCAACAGACAUCCCUGAGACACUGAAAUCAUUUAAUAUUGUUAGAUUAUGAAUAUUUUUCUCCAUAGAAUAUUUCUUCUGGUACUUGGUAGAAUAAAUUAUACCCAAUGGAUUUUCCUUACUUUCCUGGCUCCUGUUUGUCCCAUUCACACUUCUCUAGAAGUUGGCCAUAAGCUUCAAACUAUUAUGUUCAAUUGUAAAAAAUAACUGUCUAAUAAUAUGACUAAGUUUUCCAUUUCAAAAGAUCUAUGAAUUUAAACACUCAUUUGAACAAAGACAGCCCCAAUGAAAACAAAGAAUUUAAAAUUUUCACAACUAGUAAUUUAUGUUUUUAUAAAGGUAGCAACUCACUAGGAAGUUCAACCAUAUGAAUAUUGUAUUCUCUUUGUUUACUCUUAAUACUUAGUUUACAGUUAUCCUUAUGUCCUUAAGAACAUCAUUUCAUUUCAUGUGAUGAAAAAUCUUCAAAGGAAUAUAGAACUAAUUAAUAUUCCUUCAAAUCCUUCAUUUUUCACAAUCCAUAAUCCUUGCAUGGCAAAUUAGUUAUGAUAACUGAUUAAACAUAUCUACUGUGUGUUGCUGAUUCUAGGACACACACUUUUUCAAUUUAGAAUCUCCAAAAUUGUGAUGUCUUUUGAAAUUAUCAUCUGCAAUGCAGUGUUUGAAGUUGUGUAGCAAUAAACACUACACUACUUCAAUUUAAUUUAAUAUUCAUGGGUACACAGUUAUUUCUUUCCUUAUACAUGCUUAUGAAUUCAUUUGUGAUAACAUGUAAAGCCAGUGUUCAAUACAACUGAACCACAUACCACUCAACACUGACCUAACUGGCUUUCAGCUCAUAUCCUUGCAUCUCCAAGUUACAAAAGCUCUUUUAGGCUCACAUUUAUGUGUUAUGAUAAUAGCAAUGAUCUAGGCAAACCUAAGUUAACUAUAAAAAUACAGAGGCUUCUCAAGCUUCCUGUAAGGAUCUUCAGUCUUUCCACUGUUUUUGAAGGAAUUGUUUGAAAUGAUCAUCUCACUUUUAAAUAAGUUAACUGGAAAAAAGAUUAUAUGAAAAUAUCAUAGUUAUAUUUAAUGGCAAUUGUAUGCUUGAUGUCAGCUGCAAGAGAAUAAAUGAUGCAACCAGUGGUCUUGUGGAAAAGAUUUCCUCUCAGGUCCCCUAACUUUCUUAUUUUUCCUUAUCCCUUCCGUUCAUUCUCUGUUUUCUUUGCCUCUAAUAGCUUGCCUCUCCAGCCCAUGUGAUGACUGUUACAAAAUUGUAUAGUUAAAAUAUAGUACUUAUGAGAAACAAUUGUUCCACUCUCUGGGCAGCUUUUAAUCAAAUAUGUGAGAGUAACAACACUACUCUGUGUCUACCUGAAGUACCCUCCUGAAUAAAAUGUAUCCUUGUAUGCUAA